AUGUGUGUAAGGCUGACCAAUCAUAAAAAAGAAGUUGCUGUGGUAAUCGGCAAUCUGCUCCACUUUGAAUACUGCACCUGCCUGAUGCCACAGCCUUGUAAUACAUCCACGUUCACCUUCCCUUUACUCUGUCAGUGGGAACGACGUGUUUCUCUGCCUUUCAACUUUGCCCGUUGGCAUUCCCUCUUCUCACACAAACAUCAGACAACAUUGCCAGCCCAGGUCAUAUUACAGCAGCACAUACAGUACCGAGUAUCCAUCAGUCUCUUACUCGCUUGUUAUGUAACAAACAUCGCAUCGUUGACCACCCACCAUCCUCCAAUCUUUUUUUUAAAUUACUUUUGUUCCCAGUCACGACCGGAUCCGGCGAUCAAAAGCCCCCAGAGAAACCUAAACCAUCAUUCCAGUACUUAUUUGGAGCUAUCAGCAACGAUGGGUGACUCUAACUCUGGUGCGAUAAGGGCCCUGUCGAAGAGUCCUGAUGUCCAAAGCCCCGGGGCCCCGCCCAAGGGUCCUGAAAACACGCCCUAUCGAGACUUCGAUCGCGAAAUCCCGCAUUCUCAAGAGGAUGAUGACGACGGCGGUUACGCUGACUACUCUCGAGCCACAAGAGGCUCCAAUAAGCGUAGAAGCUGUGACGAGCCUCUGGUUUCAAGGUCUAAGAAGGCCAAGACUGCUGCUCAGUCCAAGGCGGGGCUUAAGAGAGCCCGUAAAUUCCAACACCCGCAAGUUUGGGGAAAGAAUUCAGGUCUCUUGCAGCUGCGCAACGGCAAUGCCCUUCGCGAUUUGUUGUUGGCUCCUGGAUCAUGGAACCGUUUGGGCGAGGCCGAUCGCCAGACCAUCUUGGCCAAAUUGCCCAACGGAUACCAGCUUGACGGGAAACCCGAUGUUGCAUCUCUGACAAACGACAACAACUUUCGCGACGACUGCUCGCAAUACUACAACAGCAUCCGGGACGGCCAUCUAACUGAGAAUUGGCUUACCAAGGCAUGGAAAGCCCACUACAAAGAUGUGCGCGGCGAUUUCAAGAAGCAUCUUUUCAAUGCGUUCAUGGACAACUUCAUGGAGGAUGCUUCUGAGAAGCCCAAGAGGGCCGACAAGGGAACGGGCAACGAAUUGGGAACUGAAUCCAGCAAGAAGACGGAAACGGAGACCAGCAAGAAGACGGACACCGAGGCCAGCAAGAAGACGGACGCAGAGUUUAGCAACGAGGCCGACACCGAGACCAGCAAGAAGACGGACACCGAGACCAGCAAGAAGCCGGACGCAGAGUCGAACAAGAAAGCAGACACAGAGUCUAGCAAGGAGGCCGACACAAAUUCCAGCAUGAAGACGGACACAGAUUCCGGCAAGAAGACGGACACCGAGGCCAGCAAGCAGCCGGACGCAGAGUCGAACAAAAAAGCAGACACAGAGUCUAGCAAGGAGACCGAGGCUGAGGCCAGCAAGAAGGCUGAUGACGAACUGGCGCCGGCUGGUGACAACAAAACACAAGAUGCCACUGGCAAAGCUCCUUCGCCCAAGGCCACUGACUAG